AUGCAGAAAGAGAAUCAAGAGAACAGCUUUAUGUGCGAGCAGUGCUACAGAAAGUUCGAUACCUGGCGAGGGCUGAGAGUGCACCAGGGAAAAGUCUGUUUAAAGAAGAGAAGACAGUGCAGAUCGUCAGAUUGUAAGACGCGAAGCAAAUCAUCCCAGGAUGAAAACCACAGCGGAGCGAUUAGUGCUUCAGUCGACUCUCCUUUCACCCUGUCUCAGCAAGAGAUGGAACAGCAAACGGAACCAGGGUUACGGAAACCCAGAAUACUGUGGCCUGCUGCUAACGAGAAGGCAAAAUACAAGACGUUAGAAGAAGAAGUCCAGAAGAAAUUGAAAGAAGUCAAAAAGAGUUCUAACAGAGGGGAUGCUAAAGAAAUAUUGAGUGCGUUUGCGACCAUUAUCUAUGACUCGGCAAUAAAAGAGUUUGGUAUUUGUGAAGGAAAGAAAAAGACGGAGAAGAAAAGUGGAUUGAGUAGAAGGCAGAGAGUACUUGCACAGCUAAGAAAACAGAAACGAGACUUGCAAAAGCAGAAAAAGUACGCACCACCAGAAGAGAUAGAAGGCCUAAGAAUCUUGUUUGAAGAUCUUAAGAAAAAGAGCAGAGACCUACAGAGGCACGAAAGAAGGUGUACCAGGAGAAAAGAGAGAAAAAGGGAACGUGAACAAUUUCUGAAGAAUCCUUAUGAAGCAGCCAAAAAACUGUUCACAGAGGCACGGAGUGGUAAAUUGGAAUGUACGAAAGAGGAACUCGAUGCUUAUGUUAAGCAGACGUACAGCGAUUCAAGAAGAGAAGAACCGCUUCCUUAUAUGAGAGGCCUGAAGCGUCCAGCUGCCCCCGUCGUCAAAUAUUACCUGGGACCAAUUAGAGAGAAAGAAGUAGAUGAGUUCGUAAAACAAGCAAGAGCAAAAAGUGCACCUGGAGGAGAUGGCGUGUCUUAUAAGGUGUUCAAGUAUUGCGACACGCUGAGACACACCCUCUUUGAGAUGCUAAGAGGCCUUUGGAAAGACAAAGAAAUCGUCAAAGAUUGGUGCAGAGCGGAGGGCGUGUAUCUACCCAAAGAACAGAAUGCAAAGGAGAUAGGACAGUUCAGACCUAUUUCAAUCAUCAACGUGACGUGCAAGAUCUUUAUGGGAAUACUUACAAAGAGGACUGUAGCAUAUUUGCAAAGUAACGGCUAUGUGGAUGAAACGGUACAGAAAGCCGGGGUACCAGGGAUCCCAGGCUGCAUCGAGCAUGCUUUCACCAUUUGGGACACAAUCCAAGAGGCCAAGAAAAACAAGGAAAGUUUAAACGUAGUGUAG